UCACGCGGUGUAUCAGAUUUUUUUACGUUCUGAAUCUCGCCGGACGCCGGGCGGGGAGGACUAUUUUGCCUCGAAAUCUGGUGUACUAGUGUCAUGUGCAACGUCAUACAUCAGUGUCAUCCCAAUUUCCCGACCUCGUGCUUGCCCAAGACGGAGCGGUUGAUGUAGUCAUGCUCGGUACCGUGACUUGACUCAGUACGUACUCAUGUCGUUUAGCCAUAAAUAGUGGGCGGCCUUGGUAAGUCAGGGAGUCCCUUUAUCAUUCCGAUCUGAAGGCAUCUAGUGGGGCGGUUGGCGCGUGGAUCAUGGCCCACGCUGGACAGACUCAUCAUAUCUCAGUAACCUCCCCCGGGGCUAGGGGUGCUGCCACACAUGAACUCGAGGAACAGAAGGUCAACAAGCAAGCUGCAGAAAAGCUAUAUAGCAUAUACACUCGCCAAGAAAAAUGGUUCAUUGUAAUGAUAGCCUCUUUGGCUGGAUUGUUUAGCCCGCUGACCGCAAAUGUGUACUUUCCUGCAAUACCGACGAUCGCUUUAGCUUUUCACAAAUCUAUAGAAUCAAUCAACCUAACCGUCACCGCCUACAUGGUCCUUCAAGGCAUCUCUCCUAUGUUCUGGGGGACCAUGGCGGAUAGGUUUGGACGACGCCCCAUCUUUCUCGCUUGUCUCCUUGUCCUGUGUUUAUCUUGCAUCGGCUUGGCGUUGGUCCCGACCUCAGCAUACUGGUUAUUAAUGCUCUUGCGAUGCAUCCAGGCUGCUGGUUCUGCCAGUACAGUUGCACUAGGUGCUGGGGUAAUUGGAGAUAUAGGAACUCCCGCAGAACGCGGGGGAUUUUUCGGCAUAUUUACCUUGGGACCACAAGUUGGACCUGCUCUGGGACCUGUUAUUGGUGGUGUCCUUGCAGAUAAGCUCGGAUGGAGGUCUAUCUUCUGGUUUCUAUGCAUCAUGUCUGCCGCAUGUUUUGCUCUUAUGCUCAUUUUCCUACCUGAAACACUCCGUCGACUGGUGGGUGAUGGCAGUGUGAUACCAUCGCCUUUCUAUCGUCCCCUCGUGCCAAUUGUUGGGAAAGGGCGUGUAGAUCGUGAUGCCCCAAAGCCUCCCAAGCCCGCACUGAACAAUCCGUUACGCCUCUUCUUCUAUCUGGACGUUCUAAACCUUCUCGUAUUCAAUGCAGUUCUAUACGCCGUCUUCUAUGCGGUAAAUACCACCAUAUCCACGAUAUUCGCAAACAAGUACCCGUUCCUGAACGAAAUAGAUAUAGGAUUGUGUUUCCUAGCGAUUGGUGGGGGGAUGACCAUUGGCACUGUCUUUUCCGGCAAAAUGCUAGACGCUGAUUUUCAAAGAACUAAAAACAGGCUCAUGAAGAAGGCUGAAGAAGAUUCUGAGAAGCACAUACGGCCCGAGGACGUGACCAGGGAGGAGAAUUUUCCAAUAGAAAGAGCUAGGCUAAGGAUGAUGCCCAUAUUUACCGCAAUUUUUAUCUUGACAUGCGCUGGUUAUGGCUGGUCGCUUCAGCAGGAGACAAAUAUCGCAGUUCCACUGAUCCUGCAAGUUAUAUUGGGUUAUACAGUCGUCGCUACUAUGAAUGGCGUGCAGACGCUACUCAUUGAUCUACUACCAUCCCAGAGUUCUUCCAUUACCGCAUGUAAUAACUUGGUCAGAUGUUCCUUGGGUGCUUUGAUGGUCUCUGUCAUAGACUUGAUUGUCAAUGCGAUAGGCCCUGGUUGGACCUAUGUACUGCUUGCAGGGAUAUGCUUGGCGUGCUCUCCCAUGAUCUGGUUUGCUAUUUGGAUUGGUCCGCGCUGUCGUGCAAAGCGACGGGCUCGUGAUAAUACCGCUUGAUCAUGGUGUCUACCAGUACGUACAGAAAUGAAGUUACGGGAAAGUGCCUGUAGAAUAUAUGCUAAACUACUUUGGUGCAAGAGUGUUAUGAAUCAACUGAACAUGCAAUAUAUGCAGAAUGUGUAUCCGCCCAGAGCUUGAGGGAAACCCACUUUAAAAAUUGCGCUGCGAUUGAUCUCCUAUUUC